GGCAGCGCACUUUCAGUGCGGUUUUGGUUGCCGUAGUGUUCGGAGACUUGGGAACAGGUUUCGUACCUUGCCGCGUGGUGCGCUCGCGUGUUUCAUUCAGUUCUGCUAUUGCAGUCGCGCGUUGUUUUCAUUACUCAAGUUGAAAUUUGAUUGGAGCUUAAAUUUGGCAGUUUCAGGAAGUGUGCAGUGAUGAAGAAAAGCUUAACUCAAAAGUGUUGACAGUGCUGAAGUGAUUCAACCGCAGUAGGCGUCGUCGGGUAUUUUCGGUUUCGUUCAAUGAAUAGAAGCAUGCCGUUGCGUUUGAACAGCUAACGGCUGAUGCAUCGCCGAGAGACGUUUCGGAGAAACAAAAAAUGAGAGCGUGAAGAAAUUCGGUACACAUCACUCGCUGCGGAUGCCCUGAAUUAAUAAACCACAAACCAUCAUAACCCACUCAAACGAAUCGGAUGCCACGUGUGACUAAUACUGUACCUCAGCAUCUCAUUUAACCUUCCUACUCGUUCGCCCAUCGCCAUCAUUCCGUGAAAGUGAAACCGUAGAUUCAAAAUUAGAGUUCCACAAAAAAAAAACCCUAACCUAGAGGUGUACACACGUGCCGAACUCCGGCCCUGACAAAAUUGGUUUCUCACUGUUGUUCCGAUCCUCGUGCGGCGUCCUCCUGAAUGGAUAAGCACAGCAGGUCCAAGCCGACGCUCGAGGACUACAUCAUCGACAUGGAGACGCGGCCACCCGACAGCGGUCAGAUCUCCGAUAAGGAUGUCUGGGCCCAGCUGCACCAGAAGGAGGCCGAUCUGCUGCUGGCGGCCGAACUCGGCAAGGCCCUCCUCGAGAAGAACGAAGAGCUGAAGAAGCAGCAGGAGAAGCUAAUCGACGACUACUCGGUGAAGCUGGAGAAAUUAGAACAGGAAAAGUACAUCCUCAAGCGGCAACUGGAGAUCACCUCGAGCGAGAACGAUGCCAUCAUCCUGGAGCUACAGACCGACAUCAAGCAGUUCAAGCAGAAGCUGGACCUGCAGGAACAGCUCAUGCGCCAGAUGGAACGGGAGAAGAACCUGCUGAUCGAGGAGCUGACCGCCCAAAAUACCCGCCUAUCGAACGAGCUGAAGAAAGCCAACGCCACCGAACUGCAACUAUCGUCUCAGCUGCAGGAAAUCAAAGAGCAAUGCAACCGGCGGACGCUGAGCAUACAGGACCACGUCAACAGUCUCGAGAGUCUGAAGAACGAACUGCGGAUGAUCCUCGAGAAGAAAAACGACCUGGAGAACCGUUUGCACAUGACGGCUUCCGAGAAGGAGAACCUUUCGAUGGCGCUGAACGAAGCCUCCGAGAGGAUACAUAUCUUGGAGCGGAGCACCAAAGAGCAGGACACCAAGUACCAAAUGACGGUGCAGACUCUGGACCGGCUGGAGCGAGAGAAUGGGACCCUGAGCGAACGGCUCGAGUCGUUCGACAGUCAACGAUCGCAUCCAAGCGAUCCGCACCAUUCGUCGCUGCUGCAGGAGAUGAACGGCGAGGAUGAUUCGAUGAUGGUCGACGGCAGCGGUAGUAACAACGACGAAGCAACGAUACUGCUGUACAAAGAGGCCCAGUCGGUGUACAAGCAGCUGAAGACGCUGUGUCAGACGCUGCGGAAUACGCACCACGAUGACGAUUCGGGUCUUCACUCGGACAUGUCCUUCUCUUCGUUGGACAACACAUCAUCUUCUGCGCCACAAUCGGUGGACGCCGGCUUAGGGCUAUCGGCUGGUCCUUCGCCGCAUUCGAGUGGCCCAAUGGGAAUCAACGCCCGAGGACCAGAGAAGUUCCACCGUGGAAUGCUAUCUUCAGCUGCCGACGAGCUGGUUCAUAUAAUCAUGAACAUGGACGCCAUGCAGUUCAAGACUAUGUUCGAACAGACGCGAUCAAUGGUGAUAGACCAGGAGGAAGAUCUAAAGAAGAAGACCGAUCUAAUCAUGCAGCUGGAGAGCAAGCUAUCGGUGCAGGAUAUCGAGCUGCAGAGUGCAAUCGAGGAGCGUAACCAGGCUCGAAACGACGCCUCGGACUCGAGCUUAGCGCAGGACGAAACUGUGAUCCAGGCCCGCAAGGAUCGGGACGCGGCAAUCGAGCGGCGGACCAAGGCUGAGGUCGAACUGGCCAAGAAUCGGGUGGAGCUGAUGCAGGCGAACAGCCAACUGCUGGAGGCCAUCCAGCAGAAGGUGGAACUGCUGCAGCAGCUUGAACAGUGGCAGAUCGACAUGCACGAGCUGAUCGAGGAGCAGAUGAAGAAUAAGCUUAACAAUGAAACUAGUACAAAACCGCAAACGCCUCAGCGUCCGUCAUCGCAGCAGACCGGUUCUUCCGGGUCGUCGUCUGCCGGUUCGUCGGCUAGCAAUCGUAAGAGUCGCCUACUAGAUCUGUUCUAUCAUCGAUGAGGAGAAGCACCAACUAAACGAACGAAGCGAAAAUGUGAUCAGUCCUCAAACUAAGCGAGCUACCCGGUCGACGAUCAAGCGGACCAGGCUGGGGAAGUGGCCCACAUUGCAUUUAUAUUCGAAAUUCCUCUAAUCUAUUGUAACUGUCUUGGGCCGCUUCCGCCAUUUUGGACAUCGAAUGUUUUGACAGCUCUCCGCCGCCGAGGCACCCGCGGUAGCUCCAAGGCCUACGCAGACCAUGUGAUAGCGAACUGAUCGACGUUUCUACUGAUAAUUGAUUCUUUUUAAGCGGUCUACCAAAAAUCCAAUGUGGGACCUUGAGACAACAGUAUUUUUGUAUGAAGAACUAUAGUGAAAAUCGUUUUUACCGAGCCGUAUCUACCCAGAUAACACCCAAGCAAUUUACGUAACAUAUCCUUUGAAUCCCCAUAUAUGUAUCAGAAAACAACUGGCAACUCUGAAACCCAAAUCAUAUCCUAGCAGAACAAAAACGAUUUAUUAACUUAACAAAACGUGUAAUUUAUGUAGCUAAAGGUAAUAUUUUACAACCCGGUGUAACCAAAAAAAUGUAUCGUGAGAGUUUAACAUUGAACCGUACUUAAUACGAUAAUUGAAAUGGAUUGUUUCCGUCAAAUUCAAACAUCGUUCAUAAUUUUGUUCGAAUUUCAAUUAUUUCUGACCGACAUUGAUCACUGUUGAAUGUUGAACAGUAAAUAAUUGGUUUCCGAGCAAAAUAUGAUAUUAAUCUUAACGAAAACAGUCUUUUACGAGUAACAUUAAAAACUAACAUCAACCAUUGAGUGCAUCUUGUGAAUCUGUGUGUUUUGUUCCUUUUUUAUGUUAGCUGAAAGAAUACGGUGUUCUCUCUUGUUCUAACUGGAACAGGUUUAAGGCAUUAAAAUCUGCCAUUACAAUUUACACAAUCAAAACCAUCUUCUAACAUUCGUGAGAACGAGAGGGUUGUGAUACUUUUUUCCCCUAACACAAACACACUUUGGAACGGAUGUGCGCCUUCGUUGUACUACUAUGAUAGCGCUAUAAAUAAUCUAACUGCAGCAACGCUAGACAAGAUUACUAGAAAAUUAGCCGAGUGAUAACGUGGAUGCCUUUUUAAGUGAAGCCGAAAAUCAUAAACCAGACACAGAAACUUGGAUUGACAAAAGCGAUGAAGAGAAUGAGAUAUGUAAAUAUAAGGUUAAAUAUACUGAAACAUUCCUACUAAAAA